AACGAAAAAGAAGAACACUCCACUUUGCGUUUCGUUCGGCCGUGCGAGAGAUUGGUGUUGUGUUUUUCCAAUGCCCUCUAGUUGAAAAUUGCGAUUCUAUUCGAUCAAUUUUCCGUUCGUAAUCCGUUUUACUUUCCGUUUGUCCAACCGGAUCCGUCUGCUUCCCGAUUUGCGCGUCACGUAGUUACGCGUCAUUAUUGGUGAAACUCGCGAUCAAGUUUGUCGCAUAAUCCGGAAGUGGUGUUAUUUGUGCGUACCGGAAGAAAAUGGAUAAGCAACACAACAGCGGUACUGGCCAAUGGCAGAGAUCGGAUGAUUGUGUACAACUUAGAGCACCAAGAUCACAAGUUCCAGGACUUUCCGCGGAUGCAGCCGUAUUUGUCCCUAAAUCACUACAGUUCGGGUCCCAGCCGGCACCGUUGAAUCAGUUCCGGGGUGAAAAUAGCGGCAUCGGUGGAGCCGGAGGUGGUGGAGGUGGAGGUGAUGGGCAGUUCGGUCACAAUCAGAUGAUUCCGUCGAUGAUGGCCCAGUAUUCCCACGAUACGUCCGGCAUGUCAUCGCUUAAUGGCCUCCCCGCGAUGAUGAACGGAGCUGGUCCAGCCGAGGUAUUGGCCAAACCGAGCGCACUAACCGAUCGUUUGAAAAACCUACAGAUAUCCGGUCCACCGCAGGCGGCAAUGGGACAUCAAAGCUACGCGGAUAAUAAAGAUAUACGCAAUUCCUCGCAUUACAAUCAUCAUCAGCAGCAUCCGAACCAGCACUUUUCGCAGCAUUCUCAGCAGCAACGUCUGCAGCAGCAGCAUCAUCACCAACAGCAGCAUCUCCCGCUGCACCAGAACGCUGCCGGAGGUCACUUUCCGUUUCCGAUUGCUGCCGGUAUGGGAUAUUCUCCAACGGCCAUCAACAAUCACCUGCAUCAUCCGAUUCUGGGUGGAAUGUCGGCCGUUACGGGAGGACCACCCGGUAUGAUGGGGGGCGGAGGAGGUCCUCACGAUAAUCGCAACAAAAACCAAAACUCGGCCAUCCGUGCAAGGUUACAUAAUGCUCAGAAUUCUCACGGUGGCAUGCAGCAUGGUAUAGAUCAGCCGGAGCAGCAGCACCGCAAUCAUCACCAGAACCACUACAAUCGGCACAGUAACCAGCAUCACAACUCGCAGCAUCACCAUAAUCACCACCAUCGGUCGCAGCAGCAGCAUCACCAGUCGCACCACCACCAACAGCAGCAGCAGCACCAUCACUAUCAGUCGUCCGGUCCCUCGCAACACGGAAUGGGCGGCCGGAGUAUGGGAGAUGAUUUUGGGGCCGACUGUGAUGCCGACCAGGCUUCCGAAAACGAAACGAUAGCACUGGACUAUCUGACCGAGGUGAUCGCUGAAUUGUAUGAUAAUCCCGGCAUGUUCGAAAACAUCCAACGAAAGCUGAAGAGCACUUUCCACGAAUUUCGGAACAAUCAGUUCGUGCUGAGCAAUGCGGUCGAGAUGAUCUUCGAACAGUCCAUCAAGGAGCAAAACUUCCGAUACAUGGGAGCUCGCCUCUGCCAUCUCCUGGACAGUAUAAAGGGAGCCGACAACUGUGCCCUCCGGGAUCUGCUGAGCAUGAAGAUGGAGCAUCAGCAAAACGAACUGCCUGGGUAUAUGCAGAACGAACAGAUUAAGGUGCGGGGCACCACACUGUUCCUGGCCGAGCUGUACAUGCAGCUCCGUAAGCCGAGUGAUCCCAGCCGUAAUAAUGAAAUUGGUAUGCGAAUAAUCGGUGCUGCCAACAUACUUCUUCACAAAGAAGGUCCAGAGAAUAUCAAAUGUGUCUGCCAGAGCUUGAAGCUAUGUGGCUAUGAACUUGAACGAGAUUGUCACGAAGAGCUCAUGACGGUGCUGAGCACUCUGGGCCAGCUGGAGAACUCCACUGACUGUUCUACCGGUCGUUUCAUCCGUUCGGUCCUGGAUCUGCAGCAAAGCAACUGGGGACGCAGCGAGGAAGUUGAACCCAUCAGCAACAGUUCAGCCUUGUCGGAGAACGCCUGCGAUACGUUCAACGACAGUCCAGUGUUCUACGGCCCGGAUGGCGAAGUCAUGACCGAGGAGGAGAACGAUUUCCUGGACAAAGCUGCACCCGUUGCCUUCGAAGAGUUCGAAAGUGAUACCGAGGAUCAGGAUGAUUUUAUUUACGAUGAAAAUAUGACCGCCGAGGACAAGCAGGCAUUUAAGGACUUCAUGUCCAACCAGGAUAAAUCAUACUAGCCCCACUAGACAGACUAGCUAAACUUUAUUAGGUCGGCUAGGGCGGACAGCUUUCGGCAGCAGAACCGAACGGCGUCGGGGAAUAUUCUUAAUCGUUUUGUUUUUUUUUCGCAACCGAUACCGACCCUCCAGUGCAGGUAGAACCCAAUGCAACACCGCAUUCAUCAUCCGCCACAUCAGUUGGUCUCGAUUCCAGGCGAUACAUAUUACUUUUUUCUCACUACUUCGGAUAGCCACUUUCCCGAGGCAACACAGCACACGUGCCAAACCGGGCGUAUUGCUUUCUCAUCGUAGCUGCAGCAGAAAAAAAACAUCCACACAUUCAGAUUGAGUAGCAAUGACAGAUUGAGCGUAGUAAUGAGAAUCCUACUUUUAGCUAUUUCUAGUUAUAAGGCAAAAGUAACGGAAAGAAAGCGUAAUGUCUUGAUGCGUCUUAUAACGUUACCUACACACACAGCUGGUUGUCUAAUCGAAAAAGAAAAGAAAGGCAGAUUGAUUGUUUAGGAAGCUAGGAAUGCGCUUCCAACAGCAAAUGAUUAUAAAUUGUACAUUAUCCAUCUCGAGAGCACAAUAUUUACCGAAUCCAAAAUUGGCUGUGGAAGGAAACAGAAAACUAUAGCGAUAAAAGGGUCCUAUUACUAGGCUGCGAAUGGUUAUUGUUAAAAGCGAAGUGAAAACACACACACACAAAAUACUUAGUUGAAACAUAUUCAUUGAAGAAAAAAAACGGGCAAGUUAUUCGGACUUAAUAGAUUGUGUUAAGCCUGUUUUCACAUUUUCCCAAUAUUUGGAGUUAAAAAAAACUAAAUGAUGUUAUCAUCGCGUGCUAUUUGUGAAAUAAAGUUUAAUAAUAUUAAAAUUAAAGUGUGAAGUAAAAUAUAUCAUUUUACGUUUCCGUUUUAAGUUUCUCGAUAAAUCUGCAAACCAUCAGCUUGAAAGCCGUACUCCAACUUCCGCAAUGUGUAGUAAAAGUUCAACACUAAGUCGAUCUCGAAUCCAGGAGCUUGCAAUGAAAAUUCCAAAUUUAACGCGUUUUUUUUUGUUGCACAACCCUGUUUUAAGCCUCAAUUUGAAUGAAAUAAGCAUUAUUUCGAAACUGUCUAUAACAUGGGUGACUUCAGGUUUUUGCCAAAAUAAACUUGUUUAGCUAGAGGACAGCAAAAAAUGGUUUUUAUGAAAGUUUUUCAUAAUAGAUCUUCCUGUGGUCUGUUUGAUUACGUUGAAAAAAAAAACAAUGUUAGCAUAUCUUCAGGUGUAUUUUUUAUUACUUAUUCAUAAACCAAUUGGCCUCAAGAGGUACAAGGUUUUUGUUUGUUUGAGACAUACGGAUGUAUGCAAACAUAAUUUUUUUCUUUUAUAUUUACUGUCCACAGGCGGAUCCAUUAUACGAAAUUUUCUGCUGUUCGCUAGCUUGAACUCGCAAUUGGAAAUAGAUGGGACGUUAUCUAUUGUUAACAACUAGCGCCGCCUUUAGACACUCCGUACUUUAUUUAUCCACUUUAUUACAAUCGUUAAACCGCCAGAUAAUACAUUGACAAGCUCGGCAGCCAUCGUAAGAAAUCGUCAUUCUGAAUAAUUUGAGUCAAAUAGCAUCAGCUGUAAAUUUAAAAUAAAUGAAAAAUUAUAUCUAAUCCGCAAAAUAGUUCACAAAAGAGACAAACAAAAAUGAUUGUAAUAAUAAUUCACAGAGUACAGUACACGUGCCCCACGUACACGCAGUUUUAUCUAGAAAUCCUCCAAAUGUUUAAAAACAACAGAAAUGAAAAUAGUACAGGCAAAAAUAAGUGUAUUCUUUAGUACAUUAUAACAGAAGACCGGUGAAAUUGAAAAUAAAAGGCAGAUCAAUCUGUUGCAAUGUUUACAAACAUGAAAAAAAUACAGUAAAAAUAACGUUUAUCAGUAAUGAAA